AUGUUCAAGCAAGCUGUGCAGGUUGCCGCUGUUGCCUCCACGUCGCCCUCGAACCCCACGUACAAGCAGUCUUCACUCGGGGAUACAUUUGGUCGUACCGAUUCUACGCAGAGUCAAACCACGCGUCCGUUGGCGAGUGGCACGAAACACAAUUCCGCGGGGACAUAUCGUCCGCCUGGCCAAGUUACACAUGGCAUCAAGAGGACGUCGGGUGGUUUGGUGAAAUCGUUGAGCUCCCAGGAGGAUAACUUCGAUUAUCCUACGCUUAACAUUGGGGGCAUGGGAAAGGAGAAUGACCUGCCAACUACGUUCCAUACCUCAUCCAAAACCAACUCCACCAACUUAGUCUCUGCACUCUUCGACGAAAACGAUUUUGACAGCGAUGUCGAUCUCGAGGUGGAAGAUCCUGCGACCAAAGGAACCGUUGCUUAUCCCACAUUGCCUCGCGUUGCGCCCACUGCCUCGAUAGAUUCAAGGUCCCGUUCAAGAGCACCGACCGCACACGCGAAGCUUGAGCCAAACAGUAGCCAACCAAUUCCAUGGUCAUCCUCGCCCUUAGAACAUCUCAAGACUCCCCCCAAGCCUAGCGUUGUGAAAACGAAGCGAAGAGCGCUGCCUUGGGACCAGAACCAGAAGGCACAGGCCAAACAUGAGAUGGAGGACCAGAUCGAGUCGGAAGAAGAGACAGCACGGCCUAAGAAGAGGAAAUCGGUAGAAGUGGCACAAGCUGCAUCUACACCCGCACCGAAAGAGUCAAAGUCCGAUUAUCAGUGGAACACAACUGCAAGUGCUUUGAAAUUGCAGCAAAAGAACUUCCGGGAAAAGUCAAAGGCUCAGUCGAAGGUAGGCCAAGGUACAGAAGACGACGUCAAAGAAGCUAUCAAAAAGAAGAAGAAAAACACCGUUCAUCGCAUCUUCCUGAGCGAGGAGCAACAGAAUGUGUUGAAUCUCGUUACAGAAUACAAAAAGAGCGUGUUCUUUACGGGUUCAGCCGGUACCGGUAAAUCUGUUCUUCUGCGUGAGAUCAUUGCGGCCUUGCGAAAGAAGUAUGUCCGCGAACCAGAUCGAGUAGCCGUAACUGCGUCAACAGGCUUGGCUGCAUGUAACAUUGGCGGCGUGACUUUACACAGCUUUUCUGGCAUUGGUUUGGGCAAAGAGCCUGCUGAGGACCUAGUAAAGAAGAUUCGGCGAAAU